CUGCCGAACACACAGGCGCUGUGCAGUGCAGAGAAAUGCGAGCGAUAAAUUAAACAGCGAAAAAAUGCCGAAUAUUGUCGCACUAAAGCUGGGCGCUAGCUAUUCGCUGGUGGCGGGUCACAAGGACGAGGGCAAUAUCCUUGCGCUGGACCAAUUGGCGUUGCAGCAGCAAAUCAGUGCGAAUUUCCUUUUCCACGCGUUCUCGAACUACAAGAAAACGCCAUCCGAGCGAAAAACGCUGGACUUUAUUGCCAAAAAAUGGCUGCACAUCCAGAUGCUGUGGCGCGAGUUUCGGCUGAGGGAUAAGCAAAUACGGCGGCGAGGCCACAAGGAUGCGCGCUUUCUGGAGCACGGCUACUUCCAGCUGGAGCUCUUCGAGCUGGUCCACGAAAAGUACAUGGUUGUCCGUGGACUCCUGAGUCGUGACAAAAGAAAUCUGCUCGCCGGUCAGCCAGCAACACGGCCAUAAUGUUUAUUCAGACGACAGUCGACGACGACAAGGCGGUGGAAGACCCCUUUAUAAGAGGCAAAAUGAGCCGGCAGGAAAAGGAUGAGCCAAAAAGGAUACGGCGACACGUGAAAACUUAUUCCCCUGAAAAAACACCAUUCGAGUGUGUGUGGCCUGCACUGAGUCAACAGCUCGAUUCCGGCCGUGAGAUGAUAUCCGUCAACAGCGAUUCCAUUUCCAUUCCCCAGUGCCAAUUCGAAUUCGAAUACGACUCCCAAUCACAAUCCAAUGGGCAAUCAAUCUGACUGGACUCUGGACGCCAUCGAUGCCCAAUGAUUGAUUGCAUUCGGCAAUGCUUACCAUAAUUAUUAUGAUUUGCCAAAAGGUUAUACAAGUCACGCUGAUGACGCCGAUUGGGGCGACGAAUUGUAGCCAAAGGCACUUUAACUUUUUCAAAGCACCUUGAAAUUUAAGUAAAGUUUCUUUAACCAUUGAAAAUUUAAUCCGGAUCAAACGAAUGCCACUUUCUAAAAAUAUGACCAAUUCGCUGGGGAAUUCCUGGUCGACGGUCCGAAAACACUUGACGAUUGUAUCGGCCAAAUCAGCGAUUAGAUAAGUCGUGCCUUGGGAAUUCCGCUUUUAAUAGGGGGAAAUGGCUUCGCCAAUUAGGGCGACCGCCGGCAGCUGUCUGCGAGGUAAACUUAAUUUACUGUCCGGAAUUAUCUUGUUUUGGCCAGUUCUGUGAACAGGGAAAUCAAUUUCUUUGACCAAGUGCAGCGCUACACAGCUAAUAAAA